ACGUGAUAGAAACAGAUUGACGCGCUCCCCGGCUCGCGAUGGUCGCUGACGGCCGCAGCGAGUGUUGUUGUGUCUGUAAUGUUACGGAGACGCCAUAAACCGCCGAGGAAACUACUUUCUAAUGUGAGAAACAAACGUCCCGCCAUUCCUCCGGUCCAAACAUGUCCCGGGGAUGUACCGUUUCUGUGGAGGAGGUCCAGUCCUGGUGGGAAGUCCCCGCCAUAGCGCACUUCUGCUCGCUGUUCAGGACCGCGUUCAACCUCCCCGACUUUGAAAUAGAGGAGUUGGAGAAAGCCCUGUCAGAGCAGGACUUGGACUUCCUUGGGGACCUCAUUGCCUGUCUGUUGCAGGGAUGCUAUCAGCGCACUGACAUCAUCCCUGAGGCGUUCAGCAGUUACCUGGACGACAUCAUUAGCUACCGGUGGGAACUGGAAGAGGGGAAACCAAACCCACUUAGAGAGGGGCCCUUCGAGAAUCUCCCCCCUCGCACUCAGGUGGAACUGCUGCACCGGCUCUGUGAUUACCGUCUGGAUGCUGCUGAUGUCUUCGACUUGCUGAAGGGCCUGGAUGCAGACAGCCUCAGGGUGGAACCACUGGGGCAAGAUGGCAAUGGAGCCCUCUACUGGUAUUUUUAUGGCACUCGUAUGUACAAAGAAGAGCCCGUCAAGAGGAAAUUUGAUAGGAUCAGUGAACCCUCAGAACUUGUGCUACCAGAGAAAAAGAAAAGGGGAAGACCACCAAAGAAAAGAAAGUUUGAGGACUCUAAUCUAAGUGAGGCAGAAAGAGAAGAGCCAGAAGUCAAGACAGAAGAUGGACUGGAGGAUCCUCCCUUAAGAAAAAGCAUUAAGCGAGGUACUUGGUCCCUUGUUUGUGAGACAGAGGAACAAUGGGUCAGUCUGGCAGAGAGCAUCAAGGACAAACCCUCCCCGCAGGACCGCCACCUCUACCGUGUCAUCAGCCAGAACUUUCUGCCCGAGAUCAGCAGCAUGAUAGAGCACAAGGAACGGGAACUGAAACAGAAACUACUGGACCCUAAUCCAGUUCGCACAUCACAGCGCUUGUCUGAAAAACACAUUCAGCCAGAGGACGAGGACUGUCUGAAGGGCGUUUCAGAGGAAGAGAGGAGGAAAGAUGAAGAGCUGGACAGGCAGGUCCUGCUGGCUGAACAGCGACGAGAAGAGGAGCGGCUACUGCAGGAAGAACGGCAGAGGGAGAAGAUGGAGAAGAUCAAAGCUGUUGAGGAAAGAGCAAAAAGGCGGAAGAUGCGAGAGGACAGGGCCUGGUUGCUGUCUGAAGGAAAGGACCUGCCACCUGAACUCCUGAAUCUGGAGCCUUCUUCACCUGUCCUGAGAACACGCAAAAAUAAAGAAUUCUAUGAAAUUGAUGACGACUACACUGACCUGUACAAAGUGCUUGAUGUGCUGAAGUCCCAUAAAGAUGCUUGGCCUUUCUUGGAGCCUGUGGACGACUCUUACGCGCCCAAUUACCAUGAGAUCAUACAGACUCCCAUGGACCUGUCCACUAUUGAGAAAAAGCUCAAUGAUGGCGAGUACAUUGCUAAGGACGAGUUUGUUGCCGACGUGAAGCUCAUGUUUGAAAACUGCAUCGAGUACAACGGAGAAGACAGUGAGUACACUAUCAUGGCAGAGUCCCUUGAACGGUGUUUCAGUCGGGCCAUUUUAAAACAUUUUCCAUCAGAGGACGGCGACACAGAUGAAGAAUUCCACAUCAGUAGAGAAGACAAGGAGCGCAAAGACAAAAAGCGCAACCGUUGCAGUAAAAGUUUGGGGCCUGAGAGUCUGAUCAAGGCCACUGAGCACGUCCAGCGUAAGCGUAACUCACAAGGGGGAAAAGGCACCACACCUUCAGAGGAAGAGCACAACAAGCUGAUGCGACCACCACCUCCUCCUCACUGGGCCAAUGGCCGCCCUCACCCCCACAGCCUGCCUCCAAGCCAGCAACGCAUCCAUGAAGGAGACAUGAGAGGCAUGUACCACCCAGGGCAACAGCUCCGUCAUCCACAUGGGCCCCCUGGUCACCAUGGUCCACCUAUGUAUGCCCAGAGAAUGGCUAUGGAUCCCCACUUCAGUUACUCAGCUCAUCUUUCCAGGCACGGAGACCCUAACUUGAACCGCUUUCCUAGUGACUUUAACAUGCAGCAUCGCAUGAUAGGAGAACAUCACAUGGGUCCGAGGUAUCCAAUGGGCCCGGAUCCUAAACAGCAGCCACCUCCCCACCAGCAACAGCACCGUUACAUGGGCCCAGCUCAUGGCCCAUCUCUGGGCCCACGUCCCGUGGCCCUACAGCCUGGACCGCCUCCUGAAGCCAGCAUGUACCCAUCCCACCACCAUCCAGAGAGCCACACCAUGCACCCCAUGGGCAACAGAUUCUCAGGACCAGGUGGACCAACUCAGCACAACUACCCAGGCUUGAGGCCACCUGGGAUGGGUCUAUCACACAUGUGGCCUGGUAUGAAUCACCAGGAGAGACCCAAUGGGAUGCGCAUACAAGACCCCAACAUGUUGAACCAGCGCAACUUCGGUUAUGGUGGAGUCCCACCUCCAGUAGGGCAUAAACCAUGGCCAGAAGCUGCAGGAUACCCCCACCCUCCUCCCAAUGCCCAGUAUCAAAUGUCUGCAGGGGUCAGCUCCUAUGGGCCCAUGUCACCCCGUCCCCCUGUCGCCCACCCAGACUCCUCUGGCAGGACACGCUUGGCUUCCAUGCUGGAAAGCCCAGAGAUGCUGGCCCUGCAGCAGCUGUCAGCCUCCUCUGGACCCCCUGCUGGAACCCCUCAUCAGCACAUGGGCAACUUUCAACAGCCUGGGCCCCCAUCAGGAAUUGGCAGCAUCCCAGCUCACCCCACUCAGCAGCCUCCCCCUGCCCCUGAGGUUCAGCUGCUGCAUCCUGCUAAAGACAAUGGGCCAGACAACCAGCUCCCUCAACAGACAGAUACGCAGCCCAAAGGCACAAUGUCAGAGAACAAAAUGGCUGUCAGCCACAUUUCUAAAGAAUCUUCAUCACACAAAAACACUUUUUCAAUUAAUCAAGAGCGCCCGUCCAAUCCUAGUCCUUCAGGACACCACAGUGAGGCAGCAGAGGGAAUGCAGAUCCCCCAUUUCCCUAAAUUGGGCAGAUUACAAGAUAAUCCAUCUGGAACAGGGCUCCCGCCAACAUCAACAGAGAGUCACAAGCAAAAGGUAGAUGGCCACAGACAGUCUACCACCAACUGUCCUCCUCAACCCCCUACUGUCUCCCCCCAUCUCAACUCAAGUAACAUCAGCUCCAUGGAUCCCACUUCACCCAACACCUCUCAGCAAACACAGAAUAGUCCACAGCAAUACAAACCAAGCCCUGCACGUCUUCCCCAGAAUGCACCACCACUGCAAGUAUCAGCAUCUCAGAAUUCCACUCAGCAAAUAUCACGCAUGCCAAAUGCACACCAGCAAAGUGAGCAUCAGCAGAACGUCCAAAAACAGCAGCAGCUGCCUCAUGCCACCCAGAGUACCCCUCCUCAAUGCCCCCCUUCCACUUCGCCCCAGCUGAUGACCCAGAAUUCACAGCAACACAAUUCCCUGCUAUCCCCACAACCAGUCCACCAAAAGAUCUCUCCCCAACGUCCCACACAGAACAGCCCCAUGCAUGGGAGGCCACAGAGUGCUACACAAGGAGCCCAGCCUGGACCCCCUCAGCCAGCUCCUCUCACAUCUUUACCGCCCAGUCAUCCUAGCCCACUGUUACCCUCCCAGCCAAGCCCAGCAGACCAUGGUAAUCAAAGACCCAGUGAGCCGACAAGUAGAGCAGACACAGAAAGUAGUUCUGUUACUCCACAGAACAAUGUGAUGAAAUCCGUGCCUCCAAAUGUUAUUUAUAAACACCAGGAUUUCAGCCCCAGUCACCAUCAAGCGCAGCUGUUGAGUAGUAACACAGGUAUGCAGGCUCAGAGAGGGCUCUCACCUGGUCACAAUCCAGCCAUGCCUCCUCACUCCCAAGUUAAUGGAGCCAUGGGUCCAUACAGCAUGGGGAACCCUCCACAUCCACACUACAGCCAGACAAACAUGACCAGGUCCAUGCCUCCAUCUGCUCACCACCCUUACCACAACCAGACCAUCAACCCCCUCCACAAUCCCGCUCAACACCCCACUUACCACCAGCAGGGAGGAGCUGCCUACUCCUACCACAUGCCAGGCCAACAGCAGCCUCAGGCCCACCCCAUAAUGUACCCACCUCAUCAGCACCAGCAGCAACACUACUACCCCCAGCACCAUCCGCAAGCUCAGACUCAUAACCAAGCCAACAGUAGAGGGGGCUAUCCUCAAGAGGAGUGGCAUCGGUCUCCUUAUCAGCCUCACCCGCCUCACCAGCCAAUGGCUCCUAACGCCUACCUACCUGUAGCCAGUGCCAGAAGCAACGCUCAGUCAAAGACGGAGAGCAGUGUAUCGCCGCAGGGCUCUGAAGCCUCAAAUGGUUCAAGUUUAGUUUCCCCUGGCCCUGUGCCUGAAGCAGGGCCUCACCCCAGAGGCCCAGAGGAGGGAAAGUGUGAAAGAAGGUCGCAGGCCAGUGGUGGCAGCAGCAGCGGCAGUCCAGCUCGUACAGAGAGCUCAGAGCGACCUGACAGCCCGAAAGAAAUCCUGGAUCUUGACAGCCAUAAUGCUGCUGCUCGCAACCGUAGCACCCAGCCAACUGCACACAUGGCGCCUGGCUUCAUGUACAACCCUCGCACCAUGCACCCUGGGAUGCAGCAUGGUAGCGUUCCUCCACCACAUCUCAUGGCUCAGGCCCGAGGAGUUGGAAAUGGAAGCCCUUACCCUCGCCAGUCGUACACAGAUCCAGGGCGCUAUGCUGGCCAAAGACCUCACCCACACCUGAUGGAGGCUCUGCAGCGCCCCCAGCAGCUUCCGUACUCACCGGGUCAGACACGCAUGGCCAUGUACCAACAUCCCCGGCCUGCAGGGCACUUUCAGGGCAUGAUGAUUCAGCAGAGAAUCCUGUCACCAGAACACUUCCUACACCCAGGACAACAAAUGAUGGCUGCUCCAGGUGGCCCAAACAAGGGAGUGUGACAUGUUCCAUGUGAUCAGAACAUGACAGUAUCAAAGAACAUCUGGACAAGGAAGGAAGAAAAGGAAGAAGAUAAAUGCUGACUGGGCAGACAGAGACUAUAGAUGAGAGGCAUUGCUUCACACACAUCUUUUAGUGAUUCUCUCACACUGAACAGAUUUCUCUGCUCUGCACACCAUUGGACUUGAAUAUCUGACCAAGCAGCUGGUUUGACUAAGAUGAUAAAAUAUGUGAAAUGUUAUUUAGCCCUGGAGAACAGUUCCCCUGCUCCUCUCCACACAGAGCUCUCUCACAGUGGUCAAGAACUGAACAGCUCUGUGGAACUGUUAGAGAUUCACUCAAGGACUGUCCUGUUUCCAUCGCGAGCCUUUGAACUCAAAUCCUCCAGAAGAAGGGCAACUUUUUUAACCACUAGUCCAACCUGCCAAAAUCAGGAGACGCUGCCUUCAAGAAGCCCUUUCCUCUUUGAGGAGUUGGAAUAUGGAUGUAUCAAAGGCCACUGAACCCAGCCUGCCCGUCCUGUUCACUGAAUGAACCCAUCAUCCUAAGGAAAGGGAUUUUUUUUACUACUAUUUUCUCUUCCAACUGUAUCUUAAAACUCAGGUGUAGAAAAAGGAGGUACUAUGAGACUGUCACCCCGACUUGGUCGACUCACAGGCCCCUUGCUAACUGCCUUGUUCCCUUUUGUGAAUGUAUGAGUGAAUGUGAAAGUUACGGCACAGUAGCUGCAUGUGAAAGAGCACGAACACUGAUCAUCUGUCUGAAGCAUAAAAACUGUCCUGAAAGGGCCCAGUCAGUCACUGUCCAUCUCCACCCCCAACUCUUAACAGUGUUUCUCUGCUCAUGGAGUUAACGCAGAAUAUGCAUCUUUCAGAGCUGCCUUCACUGAUGAGAAUGUCUUUGACUUAGAAGAGAGGGAGCGACAGAGAUGGUGAUAUUUCUGUCUGACCACACCUGUUUCUGUUAUGCACUACAUGGUUUCUGUUGGUCUAGAGUUCCUGAAAAUGAGAGGCCUUGGGUAGUUGUAUUUUUAGUCAAUGCCUGGUAAUGUGUAUAUGUGUGAAAAUAUAUAUAUAUUAAUUCACCUUUACUGUAGAGACAAACCUCAUAUUACAGAUAAGGUAAAUCUAUCCCAUCAGCUGGUGUAUGCACAUACACGCAACCAACACAGACCCAUCAAAUCCCACUGUUUUGAGUUUUUAUUGCAUUCCACUUAUAAACAUGUGUAGCUUGAGUUUGUUCACAGCCCUUCGCUUUGCAUGGUUCCUUUUCUCGAUUUAACAUAUCCUCAGGGUGUACAGUUUCUAUAUACGGGUAUUUUUCUGAAUUACUAUUUGUAAGUGGAGCAGCAAAAUGAAAAUGAGGCUGGGAUCGUGGCAAACUAGUCCACCUCACGUGAAGAACUUGAUUUUUUAAAGGGUUUGUCUUCAUUGUCCUGAACAAUAUUUGGCAAUUCAAACUGCCAGUCUGUUUUUGUUUUUAUCGAAGUUUAUUGAAAGAGAAAUUGAUCUUAUUUGUUUUUCUACAUUCCUGUAAAUUUGAUUUAUCAACACAAUUCAUUUUGGCCUUUGUCAAAAUAUGUUGUUUCUAAUAACUGGUUUAUUUUUUUUCCCCUACACCCUAUUGUAUCAAUGUGGCACCUGUGUGACCCCUACUUGUGCAGUUAAGCGAUGGCAGCAAAUGAAUCUACCUCAUCCAGCCCGUCAGUGGCAUUUACAGUUCCCUUUACUUCCUUUCAUGCUCUGCCAGACUCCUGUGUGUCAAUGUUUUCUGACCAACUUGAGCUUCACUCUGGUAGUUUUUAGACUUGGAGAACUGAUGAGGAAAUGGCCUUACAAUACUUCAUUCCAUCUUGAGAAGAAAACUACAAUGGCUGUGCACAAAUCUGGCAUCAACGAGACGCUGUUGUGAUCUUUCAGCUAUCGGUUUGUCACAGAGUGCAGGUGCCAGUGUAGACUGUCUACUGGGGACCUGUUACUCCCAGUUGUUCUAAUGUCAUCGUUGGAGUAUGAUGGACAAUAUUACAUCGUAAUAUUUGAAGUGGGACAUUGUUGUACAGAUUGCAUGCCUUCUUGCCUACAUGUUGAAACUAGACAAAUAGGCUGUUUUCCAAUCUAGGGUCUGUGAUAGACUUUGGUUGGCAGAUGUAUAAUGGCUGUAGAAAUAUGUACAUAAGGCAUUGUUUGAGGAAAAAUGACAGAACAUGAAAAUGCUAGAAGCUGUGAGACAAUUUUAUAAAUGUGUCACACAAGACUUGUCAUAGAUGACUUGCUAUUUUGUUGAAAUAGGGAAUUGUCUCAACAUUUAGUGAACCGGAUGGGGCCUCUGUGGAGGUAGUGUGUUCACUCGUGCUGUUGUUUUUAAAGAUCUGUGAGGUUGUGAUACUGUCUUAUGGCGUACAGAUGUGGCGUGUGUGUGCGUGCGUGUGUGUGUGUGUGUUUUACUGGUGUGUAGAAUCGACACCAGACGACUGGAAGUGUGUGUUCAACUCUUCAUUUAUUACCCUGCUGUCAUCCCUCUGCACUAGUGAAAACCAUUUAGACGUGAUUAAAUGUGAAUCAUAUUUAUUUGCUCUUUUAAGAAUUUUUGUACAUUUUUGGACUUGUUUUAAUAUAAAUGUGGUGUCUGUUCCUUUUUUUUUUCUUGAUGUUAUUUUUUAAGCAGUUGUCUUUUACCUCAGUAGCAUGGUGGUAUUGGAAAAAAAAGACCUUUGCAUUUUUAAUUGACGUUUACAAGUUCUUAUCUGACUGACAUAGAUUAUUUUGGAAAUGGAACUGGGUAUUUUCUAUACUGUACAUUUCUUAGAAAUAAAUAACUUUUCUUGAACAUGA